AAUACUUUGAUCCAAAAAUCUUCCUUUUUUGCUGAUAUCUUAUUUUCUUGGUAUUGGCAUGGCUUUUUUGCAUUUUUUUUCUUCUGGGACAUUGUUUUUUUUAUUUUCGGUUGCAAAUCGAUAGCAUUAGUUUGUAGAUCCAAUGGACGUUGUUUUUGCUUCAGUUUUGUAACUUCUGUUGCUCAGAACUGAUUUUUGGUAAUUUUUUUAUUUUUAUUUUUUGUCAUGUGGAUGUGUUCUAUUUUCUUGAAUACUUAUUGUGGGGAUCAUCAAUUGAUUCAGUGGUGAAAUGUGGGUGUAAUUUUGAUUUAAUUCUUGUUGCUGCAAUGUGGUGAUUGUGAAAUAUUUUUUCUGAAACUGUUUCAAAAUGUGUAUGAGUUGAUGAAUUGACAAUAAGCAUCAUAACUUUUUAAAUGACUAUUUCCGCUUCUCGAUGCUAUUCAGCACUAGUAUUGGAUCAUGGAUUGAUAUCACCAAAAAGGCUUGGCAAUUGGAAUAGUUUAGUCUAAACGAUGUCUAAUUUCGGCUAGUGGAGACUGAUUUAUUACACAAUCAAUUCGUUUGGAUGUUAUCCAUAUAAAGUUUGCAUGCCAUCAUAAUUUAGAUUAUGUUAUUGUGGGAACUUUCUAAUUUUCUAUUUUCAGUCGACCUUCUUGGUUGUCUAGGUCUAUUGAGUGGUUACUUCUGGAGCUAAACUUCUAUUUAGUGAUAUUGCCCCUGCUUAGUUCAAUGAAAGAGUUGGAUUAAAAUCUAAGUCGAUAUUCUAUCAACUUAGUCAAAAUCUACCAAAAAUCGGAUUUUAUCUAAACCAAACAGGGCCAAGGCUGAGCAUGUUGUUGCCUGACUAUUUAAUAUAAGUUGUUUGAGCGAAGGAAGCUUACCCACAUUUCUUUGUGACACACUGAUACAUAGAUUCAGCAGCUAAGCUCAUGUGAAGCUUAAGUUAAUUCUCUGCAAGUACAAUUUCAAUGGCUCAAGAUACAUCUAAUUCUGAAUCAACUCAGAGAAGACAUGGUCUUUUAAAAGAUCAAGUUCGAUUGGUCAAGAGGAAGGACUCAGAUCGUUAUGAAAUUGCCCCUAUUCCUGAUAAUUUGUCAUUUGAGAAGGGUUUUUUUGUUGUUGUUCGUGCUUGCCAGUUGUUGUCACAGAAGAACGAUGGACUGAUAUUAGUAGGUGUAGCUGGUCCGUCUGGUGCUGGGAAGACUGUAUUUACUGAGAAGAUGCUUAAUUUUAUGCCAAGCAUUGCUGUCAUCUCAAUGGACAAUUACAACGAUGCUAGUCGAAUUAUUGAUGGAAAUUUUGAUGACCCACGCUUGACGGACUAUGAUACCUUGCUGAAGAACAUUCAAGAUCUGAAAUCGGGGAAGCAGGUUGAAGUUCCCAUAUAUGAUUUCAAAUCUAGCUCCCGCGCAGGAUACAGGACACUUGAAGUCCCAAGCUCCCGCAUUGUGAUUAUCGAGGGCAUCUAUGCUUUAAGUGAAAAGUUGCGUCCUUUACUGGAUCUUCGAGUAUCUGUGACAGGAGGUGUGCACUUUGAUCUUGUAAAACGGGUUUUAAGGGAUAUACAACGUGCUGGGCAGGAACCCGAAGAAAUAAUUCACCAAAUAUCUGAAACGGUGUAUCCGAUGUACAAGGCUUUUAUUGAGCCUGAUCUCCGCACUGCACAAAUAAAAAUCAUCAACAAAUUUAACCCAUUCACUGGAUUCCAGUGUCCUACUUAUAUAUUGAAGUCUCCAAGGGAUGUGACUGUGGAUCAAAUCAAGUCUGUCAUGUCUGAAGAACAUACUGAAACAACAGAACAGACGUAUGACAUAUAUCUUCUACCACCCGGAGAAGAUCCAGAGACCUGUCAAUCAUAUCUGAGGAUGCGGAAUAAGGAUGGAAAAUACAAUCUCAUGUUUGAGGAAUGGGUCACAGAUCCUCCAUUUGUCAUAUCACCAAGAAUAACUUUUGAAGUUAGUGUACGGCUUCUUGGAGGACUGAUGGCCUUGGGAUAUACAAUAGCAGCUAUUCUGAAAAGAAGCAGCCAUAUUUUUAGUGAUGAAAGAGUCCAUGUGAAAAUUGAUUGGCUGGAGCAGCUAAAGCGUCAUUAUGUUCAGGUACAAGGCAGAGAGCGCCUGCUAGUGAAAUGUGUUGCUGAGCAGCUGGGAUUGGAAGGUUCAUAUGUUCCACGGACUUAUAUUGAACAAAUACAGUUAGAGAAACUCGUAAAUGAGGUUAUGGCAUUGCCAGAUGAUUUGAAAACCAAGCUUAGCAUAGAUGAUGAACUUAUCUCAAGCCCAAAUGAAGCAUUUUUCCGAGCCUCCUCAGUCGGAAGGGCAUCAUCGAGAAUUAAGACUGCAAAAAGUGGUAUGUCACAUUCAUAUUCAACACAUAGGGACAAAAACCUGUCCAGGAUUAGCAGAGGGUUUGAUGAUAGGACGUCAGAGCCACCAGCUACAUUAGGAAAUCAGGGAGCCAUCACGCAUCUGUUGGAACAUAUUUCUACUCUAAAUGAUCGGAUGGAUGAUUUCACAUCUCGUAUUGAAGAGCUAAAUUCAAAGUUAACUACAAAGCGAACUUCACCCAGCUCACAAAACAUAGCUUUACAAGCUGAAGCCUGUAAUGGGUCGGUCCCAACUUCUUACUUCAUAUCUGGUUUGGAAAAUGGUUCCUUAACUGGAUCCAUCAUGCCAAAUUCCUCGUCUUCAUCCCAGUUAGCCAAAGAAUCUCCUUUGAUGGAAGAGAUGUCUGGUGUAGCACGGGGGCAACGCCAAAUCAUGCAUCAGUUGGAUAAUCUUAGCAAUCUUCUGCGCGAGAAUUUGGGUGAAAGGUCGCAUCAUGGUGGAAGACAACACAAAACUGAUACUGUUGAUAUUGAUCCAAUCAAAAUCUCCGUUAUCUUAACAUCAUUGGCAAUUGGCGGUUUGGGAAUUUUCUUGUUUAAGGGGUUUCUUCCCCAAAAAUGAUUGCUCUAAACUAAUAUUAGUCGAGAUACAGGUAUUCGGUCCUCAUCUAUUUGCUGGUAUCCUAUCGGAUCCUGCUGAAUGUUUUACAAUACACCCUUCUGGUCGGGAAAAGUACUGUUCAUGGAUCAUCUGAUCUGUGAUUUUUGAGGCAUUGGAUCAUAGUUCUCAUUUUUUUCAAUGGAGGGUAUACUUUUUGGAACGUAUUGUAGCUUUCUGGGGUCCUGGGGAUCUAAUUUUCUGACUUUUUCUUAAUGUUAAAGGUUCUUCUAAUAUAAGAAAGCAUUCAAAUUUUGAUGCAAAGUUUACUUCUGCA